AUGGCUAUGGGGUUCUCCUCAAUCCAAACCAGCCAUUUAAGACCUUCUUGCCCUUCUUAUUUCUCCGUAUUCCGUUCCUGCCCCCGCUCUUCUUCGUCCAGGUCUCUAUGGACUCGUACCAGGCCAGAGGUCUGUGCAGCCAAAGCUGCUCAUGAUACUUUUUCAAAUAAUACGACGAUCUCUUUGAAUCCAGUUCACUAUCAUACUGAAAGAGAAUCUAAUGGCACUAAAAGUGCCUGGAACAACAAGGUUUUUGCACUGAGAGAAGAAAAAAAAGUAAUGGAAAAUUAUUUUGGAAGGAACGUCUCCCGUGCAGGAGGUAUUAAAACGAAUAGCCAAGAAGGGCUUGAGGGUUUCACACAUGUCAGUACGUGUGAUAAGUUGGAAGAAAAUUCAGAAGGCUCAUAUUGCAAAAUAAUUGAUUAUGGACAAUUGGAUAAAACACCUGGUGAAGGAAAUCAUGUGGACAAGGUAAAUGGUGAAGCAAAUCAUGUGGACAAGGUAAAUGGUGAAGCAAAUCAUGUGGACAAGGUAAAUGGUGAAGGAAAUCAUGUGGACAAGGUAAAUGGUUAUGCACAUGAUGGUCUGGUUGUGUCAACUUCCAGUAGGAUUGAAAAUAUUAAUCUGGAGAAGGUCAAUGGUCAUGCACCUGAGGGUCCAAGACAAUUGGGUGUGGCUAAUGGGUCACAAUUAGGGAAGACCUCAAAGGUCAGGAAGGGGACUGAUUCUGGACGAAAUAAAGAUGAAGCUGCAGCUGUGAUUAAAGGGGACAAGUCUCAUGCAAAAGCUUCUGCAAUUAAAGCUGCUACAAAAGCAGAUAAUGAUUGCAAGCAAGAUCUUCGUAUUAGGCUUAAUACCAUAUAUGACAAGGUUCUUGUUGUCAAUAGUGUCUCUGUUGCAAAGAAAGUUGUGAAGAUGCUUACAGAUCAAUACAGGAAUCUUGUCCAUGCCUGUGACACAGAGGUAUCCAUACUUCAAGUUUAUCUUAACUUUGAUUGA